AUCCAGGUGGAGCAAUAAGGGUUUCAAACUAAGUCGGAGCAAGACAGAGUACAUGGAGUGCAAGUUUGGUGGAGGUAGAAGUAGUGGUAAUAGCGGAAUUACUCUGGAUGGUAAGGAGAUACCAGUCAGCGAUAUGUUCCAUUACUUGGGCUCCAUAAUUCAGAAGGACGGUGAGUUAGAUGGAGAUGUAUCCCAUAGAAUCAGAACAGGGUGGAUGAAGUGGAAGAGUGCGUCAGGAUUUCUAUGCGACCGAGGUAUUCCGACUAGACUGAAGGGUAAAUUUUAUAGGACAGCAAUAAGGAAGGACCGUGUGAGGAAUGAGACAAUCAGACAAAGGAUGUCAGGGCUUACGCUCCCAUAAUCCUGGAGUCUAUGAACUAUCCUCCAAAGCCCCUAGACAGUUAAGUCCGGAUCUGAUCACAGUCAGCCUCGUCAGUAUUGACUCCAAAGGACGAAUCCAGCAGGACUUACAUCACCUUUCAGGUUGCUCCUCCCACCACACGAACCCGCUACCUUCAUUACCAUCCUC